GCCAGUGUGUUUGUGCGCGUGUGUGUGUGUUGUACUACAAGUUGGAACGGUGCGGGCUAGGCCAGCCACACCGCACUUCCUCGCUCCACUACUUGCCUCCACUCCGUUCAAUUCACUCAGCAGCGGAGGACGACAUGGACAAGACAGGUGGAAGAGGUGACUUCGAAUGGGUCUAUAACGACCAGCCACACACGGCCAGGAGGAAAGAGAUACUGGCCAAGUACCCAGAGAUCAAGUCCCUGAUGGGUCCGGACCCCCGCCUGAAGUGGGUGGUGUCGGGCAUGGUGCUGUCCCAGCUCCUGGCCUGCUACCUGGUGCGCGAUCUCCCCUGGAAGUGGAUCUUGUUCUGGGCCUACGCCUUCGGCGGUUGCAUCAACCACUCGUUGACGCUGGCCAUCCACGACAUUUCGCACAACGUGGCGUUUGGCAAUAAGCUGGCCAAGUGGAACCGCUGGUUCGCCAUGUGGGCCAACCUGCCCAUCGGCGUGCCCUACUCGGCCUCCUUUAAGAAGUACCACAUCGACCACCACCGCUACCUGGGCGGGGACAAGCUGGACGUGGACAUUCCCACGGACUUUGAGGGCUGGUUCUUCUGCACCCCGACCAGGAAGCUGGUGUGGCUCUUCCUGCAGCCGUUCUUCUAUACCCUGCGCCCGCUGCUGGUCAACCCGAAACCCGUUUGUAAACUGGAGGUCCAGAACUUUGCGGUGCAGCUGGCGGCGGACGGCGUCCUCUACUAUCUGUGGGGACUCAAGCCGGUGGUUUAUCUCGUCGCCGGAUCCAUCUUGUGCAUGGGACUGCACCCCAUCUCUGGACAUUUCAUCGCCGAGCACUACAUGUUCAUGAAAGGGCACGAGACGUACUCCUACUACGGAGCGCUCAACUUGAUCACCUUCAAUGUUGGCUAUCACAUGGAGCACCACGACUUCCCAAGCAUACCUGGCAGUAAGCUACCUCAGGUGAAGCAGAUUGCGGCCGAGUAUUAUGAUUCCCUGCCUCAGCACACGUCGUGGAUGCGCGUGCUGUGGGACUUCGUUUUCGACGACACCAUCGGUCCGUACGCCCGAAUCAAGCGUGAAUACAAGCCGAGCAAGCUGGAGUAGAGCAGACGUGUCACUCGUCCCAGGAAGGGCCACCGCCACGACGCCACAAUGUGAAUUUCACACCGCAGUCCGCGUGACGUUCACCUUCAAUUGUCAUGUCCUUCUUCCACUUGUUUCUGUCAUGCAAUAGAGUUGGCCUGUGAUGCAUGCCAUUCGAGACUACAAUCGAUAGCAUUCAAGAGUGAACAUUAUUUUUUUGUAAGGUCUACAUUUUCAUCUUUUUUUUGUUUGCAUGAGUACUGUUGUGUGGUUCCUUGUGUCGCCUCUCAGUGUGAUGUCAGGCCUUACCUUUGUAGACCUUUUUAGAAUGUUUGGAAACAAUGGGCGCCAACGUACUGUCUUGAACUGAAAACGACGACAAAAAACCUGUUUGGGAUUGCACUGCAAUUUGUUGAUUAAAAAAAAAAAAGACAACCCUAUAACCGAACCGAAAUGAAUCCAGCAGAACCUAAAUGGAGUGGAUAAUUGCAAAUGUAAAUGUAGUUGCCACGACAUUCUUUGACAUUGAAUCAAAUGCUUCCUUGGGUUGUCGGGACGUGAUUUAUCAAAACAACGGCUGGCAUAGUAGUCAUCAUCAGCUCUCCAGUGUGCUUUCCAUUUCAGCGUUAAAACAAACAAACAAAAAACACGUCCAAGCCAUUAAUCUAAGCAAGACCAAAGAAUUAGCCACUCCUGCAAUAGUGACAUUAAGUUUCGCACGUUUAGUUUGAAAUCGGUUCAAUUAAAAUGAAUAUUACAGCCAGCGUUCUGUCUCCCUUUUCUCACAUAACAUCUUUCCCACUGACACUCACAAUAAAUGUGUGAGGGAAGAGAAGGAUAAAAUAGAGGUUCAAGACAUUUACACUGUUUCUCAAUAUCUGCACCUUGGUCAAUAGAAAUGUUUGUUUACUAACUGCUGACAUCUGAGCUUCUGCUGCCCGGACGGACUUUUGCUGCUCACAGUAGUAAAACGAGCACUGAAAUGCAAGCGCUUGGUCCCACUGGUGUCAUUUCGGCUUUUUUUUUUUAAGGCUCACCAUGAUUACUCUGUUUCAAUGACGAUGCUGAACUUUACUUACCUCAACUAGAAGUUCAGAGACUGGAGUCGCCAGUGAAAGCAUGAUAUGAGUCAGAAGCCGAGUUCAGAGUCCCGAAACGUUUCAUGAUGACUUAAUAUGUUAGCGCGAAUGGAUUGUGCUCGCAAUCAAAACAGUUGGGCUGGAUCAGACCUGCUGCGGGCCUACGUGUACUGUAGGAUACUAUACUAUAUUAUACCUACAUAGAUUUUGUGAUGUUGUUGUUUCUAUUUAAAUAUAUAAAGAAAAUAAACAUAUCUUUAUAAAAAGAUUACUGAUAAAAA